AUGUCAGAAUUUUCUGCCAUGUUCCCUGAUUUGGAUAAUCAACUGAUUGAAUCUGUUCUGAGAACAAAUGAUGGAAAUGUAGAAGAAACUAUAGAAAAAUUGUUGGAAUUAAGUUGUACAACAGCCAGUACUUCUGGUAGUGAUAAAGUCUCAAAGGGCAAUGAAAUUAAAAAUGAGCCAAGCAGAGCUGAACAUGGACAACCAUCAAGUAGAGACCCAUGUGCAGAUGACGAAAAAAUUGCCUUGUUAAUUCAAAAUCGAGAAUUUCUGAGUUACCUUCGACAUGACCCCAACUUUCAAAAGGCUAUUAUUGGAAGACACCAAGCUUCUGCCAAAAAUGCCCACCAUUACCCACUUCCACAUGGCCCCCCUGUUUUGUUGUCUUCUUCAAAAUCGUCACUUUCCCCAAACAACCAUCUUUUUAAUAGAAAAGGAAGAAAAGAAUGGGGGAAUAAUUAUCCAGAUAGGUCAACAACAACAAUCAAGAAAGUUGAAGAAUUGAAGCCAGCUAUACCUGAAGGACCUCUGAUUGGUUUGAAUAUUUAGCUUGAUUAAAUUUUAUGAUUGACCAGCUUUAUUAGUGCUAUAAGGACCAUAUAAGACAUUGCCUCAAUCCCUUGAGUAUGUAUCAGGAACGGACUGGGUAGAGAAGAAGUUGAGCAGGAUUUCGGAUCCGGGUUUCCAAAAAUUCUUUGGAUCGGGAAUUUGAUUCCGGAUCGAAAAAUUGUCUGGGAUUAGAAUUUCGGAUAACCUGGCAGUCUCUGGUAUGUAUAAUAUUUUUGGACCGCUAACCACUUGGUGACACCUGUCGUUGAUC